UCGCAUUAGGUUUUCUAUCAAGACGACGAUGUCAACAGCAAGACCGUAGCACUUCUAGUAGAGCGAAGACGCGGGCGACUGUGAGAGUGUGAUUGUGUGUGAUCAGAGCCAGAGGAUACGGCCAGGAUAUACGUGUGCUAGUGUGUGUAUCAGUCAAUCCAAGUGUAACCCAAGAAAAACUGAGCGCAACAACUGAGAACGCUUAAAUAGCCCGAAAUCAACGAGACCAACGAUGCAAACAUUUAAGGUCUGCGCUCUCCUGGCGUUCUGCUUCGUCCUCGUUUCCGCCCGCGGCAGCAAACGGCGCGAUGGCACCGUUACGAUAUCGGAGAGCGAACGAAAGAACAUUGAGGACUUUCUGUUGGCCAAGCUUAAGCAAAAUUGCAGGCAGGAAGACGAUCGCGCCUGUAAGAUGGUCAAGAUGUCUAUUGUGAUGAACCAUCUGUACCUGAACACCCGUAUCGACCUUGGCGACCGAUUCAAGGUCACAGAAAACGGGAAUAUCUCAAUGGUACCAGAUGAUCCGGAGGUCAACCAGCUGCUGUCACGCUCUAUGGGGUCCGAUGAGGAGACCUUCGCCCUUCUGAUGGCCAACAAGCUGUGGAAAUUCAUUCGUUCGCGCUCCCUGCGAUACAAGUUCUCAGAGAACACGGACUUUGUGAUCAACAGCGAUCCGGAGGGCAGUCUGAAUUUGGGCGUAUCAGUGCGCCCCCUGGAGGCGUUGCAGGAAGGGCGAGGCAAGAUGAAGAACAUGGGGCCACUGCUGAUGAUGAUGGCGGCCAAGACGGGCAUGGUGGGAGCGCUUCUGCUCAAAGGACUCUUCCUGCUGGCCGGCAAGGCUCUAAUUGUCUCGAAAAUCGCCUUGCUGCUGGCGGUGAUCAUCUCACUGAAGAAGCUGCUCUCUAGCAAGAAAACCAUCGUGGAGGUGCCAUCCCACCACGACAGCUAUAGCUCCGGGUGGUCGAGGGCCUUUGACGGGUUCGUGGAGGGACUUGUAGACGUGCCCGCCGAUAUAUUGGCCAAGGAGGUGCAGCACCAGCAGGAGCAGGCCCAAAACAUGGCUUACAGUGGCCAACAGCCGGGGAAAGUGGCGCAAUAAAGCUAGUGUUAUGUAUGUCAUUAGAUCAGGAAUGAACUGAAUUGGGUUUUCCUCUAACACUUUUCCGCUGGCUUGGGGGAACUCCUCUCACUCUCUUCUCUAUCUUCCUAUUGAUCUCUUGUAGACUUUCUCCACUUUCCCUUAGAAUUACUAUGUUUCCCACUAACUCUCUCUCUCUCGCAUCUCAUUGCAAUUGCAAUUCUCCCUCACACUUUCACUUUCCGUUUCCGUUUUCUCAAUGAUGCUCAUUCUAUCGUUUGUAAUUUAUUUAAACUUACACUU